UCUCUCACCUACAGCCUUUGACUUUGACCAACAGAAUUAAGGUUGUUUUUUUUGAAAUUAUAUUAAAAAAAACAUUUGUACGUACAAUUAAUCUUCUACUUCUUCGUUUUCUUCGUCUCACUCCUCUCUCUCCUCCACUUCUCUCUGUAGUAAUGGAAUCCAGAAAACCUCUGAAAUCACGUCUCCAAGAAGGUGAAAAGCUUCUCGGCCAUUUUCUCCUCUCAUUCUCACCGGAGCUAGCUGAGAUCGCUGCACGUGCUGGCUACGACUUCAUCAUCGUUGAUCUGGAGCACGGCGCGGGCGGGAUUCGUGAAGCGCUUCACUGCAUGCGAGCGAUCGAGGCCGCCGGUUGCUCCACCGUCCUACGGAUACCUGACAUAAGCCAGGCUUGGGCGAAGAAAGCGUUGGAUCUCGGACCCGACGGCAUUAUGUUUCCGAUGGUCGAAACAGGGAAAUCUGCGGCCGAGGCGGUUUCGUUCUGCCGGUAUCGUCCUGAAGGUGUUCGCGGCUGUGCAGACUCUGUUGUGAGAGACUCCAGCUUCGGUUUUGACGAAAAGUACUUAGCUAAUUACGCUGAUAAGCUCUUCAUCAUGUGCCAGAUAGAAUCAGAGGAAGGUGUGAAGAAUGUGAAUGAGAUUGUCGCCGUUGAUGGGAUGGAUUGUGUGAUGAUGGGGCCGAGGGAUCUGAGUGCGAGUUUGGGGUUACUUAACGAUCCAGGUAACCCGAAGUUGAUGUCAGUCAUGAAGGUGGCUGAGACGGCGGUUUUGGCCUCUGAUCCGGCGAGUGGAGGAGCUUACUUGGCUGGGAUGGCCACGGCUCUGGACAAAUCUGUUGAUCUCAAGGCACGCGGGUAUCACGUUGUGCUCGGGUCAACCGAUGUGUCGUUGUACAAGAAGGCCGUGGUUGAUGAGGUUCACGCCUUUAAUGCUUCUUUAGACCAUUCACAAUGGGAAAACUCCAUUGGAGGCUUUUCUAAAUAUUUUUAGUAUAAAUUUUGAAAUGCAGAAGUUAAAGAGACGGUGUUGGGGUUUUUAAAAAGAGUCAUGAAGUUUUUUUCUAAAAA